CGUACCGCGCGCUGCGCUCCGCCUCCCCCGGGCGCCGUGAUGGCGGCGGGCCGUUCGGCUGGGCGCUGAGCGGCACCGAUGCGGGCGGAGGAUGAUCCCGCGAUACGCCAGGAAACCGGUGCCCCCCGGCGCCCUGCAGCCACAAGGCCUGACGCAGCACGCCGUGCGGCACCACCCGCUGCCAGAACCCAGCCCUGUGACACCCACCGCUGAGAGCUGCCCAGGGGCUUCCAGUGGGUCUGAAAUCUCAAAGCACUCGGAUUACCCCUCUGUUACCCCAACUGAUGAUGGGAAUUCAUGGUCCGCUAGUCUGAGCUACACAGGCACCUCCACCGAGGACAGUUCCAUCUUCUCUUGGGGCUGUGAUGAAUUUGAUAAAGCUGCCACACAACAAGUCCAGAACGUGUUCAGGCAACUCGAUGAGCUGCUCUAUGAACAGAAAGGAAAUGUCCAUGUGGAGGGACUGCAGGAAGAAUGCCAGCAGUGGACGUCCAACUUUCCUCAUCUCAGGGUCGUGGGGAAGCAGAUAGUGAUCCCCAAAGAUGAAGGGUACGAAUGGUUUUCGAGUUCGCCUUCUGCAAGUUUAUGUUCAUCAGAUGUAAGUCCAUCACAGGAAGAGGGCUCUAAUGAAUUUAGUGUUUUUGGCAAGAAGGUGCCUCUUUCUGUUUCUCCUGUUCUCAAGAAGGCCAACCGUUCCCAGCCUCCGACCUCAUGUUCUCCAGACAGCGAGGAAGGUGAAGAUGGAGUCAUUGCCUCUGAAGGCAUAAUGGAGGAAUAUUUAGCAUUUGACUGCAGAGAUGUGGAGGAGGAACUGCACGAGAGGAAAAUUGGCCUCUCCUCUAGUAGGCGAAAACUGGGGUUUCCUCCUGUCUCUCCAUAUUCCUGCAUGAAGGAUUCUGUGCUCACAUUUGUGUUUGAUGAUGUGUGGAGUGAAGUACUAGGCUGCAUGGAAGAACUGAUCAGCAGGCACUGGGAAGUGUCAGCCUCUGAUGAUGAGAAAAAUAUCAUCAAAGUAGAAGCAAUCCGAGCAGAUUCUGGAAGCCCCCAGCAGUUUGAUCCUCUGCCAGUGCUGUUACCUCGUGUGCCACAAACUAAAAUGCCCUCAGUGACAUCCAAUCUGUGCCCAAAACCCAGAUGUGGCCGCAAAACCAAAAAGAGGAGAAAAGCACCUCAAGUAAAUCAAGGUUCAAGUAGUGGGUCUCAACAGAAUCUCAGUGGCUUGAUUGUGAUACAUGGGAUCCACUUACAGCAAAGGAAUCUGCCCGUAAUUGAGAAAACACUGGACCUGGAAGACAAACGCCCAGGAUCCAGUUCUGUCCUCUCGAACAAAGCAUGGCCAAAUCGCCCUCCUCUGGAGCUCAGCACAUCACCUCUGUCUCACAGCUCAAAAAGGCGAAAUGCACCGCCACGUACCCUGCACCCCAUCAGCACCAGCCAGUCUCGCACCGCAACCCCACGCUCCGUGGAUGAUGUCUUCAGGGGAACCCGACUCCUGACUGCACACGAGCAGCUGUCCUCACCCUCCCCACUGCUGCUAAACCGGAAUAGUCUCCUACCACCUAUUGGUACCACCGACGUGGCGGAACAAGCGAGCACUGCAGGAUCGCAGAGACAAACGAAGUCUCGAGGAAACUCAAGUCGAGCUCACAGUGUAACAACACAUGAAGAUACUCACCAGCAGCUACACGAGAGGCUCUUCCUGCCUGAUCAUUUCUCCAGGCCUAAAACAACCAAUGUAUUCUUGCCGGAUCCACAGCAUCGCCGCUCUUGCACUGUUAUUGAUUAUGGCAAUCAUGCUUGGACAAGCAGAACGUCAGCAGGUUCAGGUCUUCAGCCACAUGGUUCUGUGAAAGGCCAAAGUCGAAGUGGAUCAGUCACAAAAAACAAACAGGGCUUCUGAUGUGUCGUGUGAAGAAGUUACAUCCACCUCCUGGGAAGUCACAGACGACCUCUCGCAAUGUCAGGGCUGUUUACAGAGAGUCUUCAAGCACCCUUCCUUACGAACAAUCCUAUUUUUAUAUUGUCUAAGAAGCAACUGCCAAAGAUUAGAAGGGAUAUAUACUUGCACAUUCCAUUUUCUACCAAUACAAAAAGCUACCCUCCAGUGAAUCCUAACUCCUUCAAAACCUAGCAAAUACUUUAAAUCAUUGCUGUUUUCUAUUAAUUAGUACUGUUUUGUGACAGCUUCAUGUUACAGGCAAUUACUGCAAGACCUGCUGAUUUUUCCAUCAGCUCCACAAAAGAUUUAUGAGGCAUUUCAUAGCAGUAGUUUUUAAAGUUACAUUUAAAGCUCUGUGUAUGCACUUAAAGCAAUAUUAUACUAUCAGAAGGAAGCUAUGUAUAUGAUACCGUUGCUACAACUCAACCUAGACAAGUUAUGAAUUCUGUAAUAGUUGCAACAGAGAUUAACACAGCUGUGUAAAAAUAAGGUAUCAAAACAGAUGAAGAGAACUGACAGCUUUAAGGGUAGCAUACCACCAAACCCUGCUCCGUUACAUAUUUAUAUAUGAACCUAAUUCUCAGUAUCUGAAGAAAGUUUAAGGGACAAACAGCACUCUUAUUAUGAGCAGUUCCAGACAGCAUUUCAAGAAAGCAUGUCGUCUUCCUGGAGAGAUGCUUUAUGUAGUUUCGCAGAAUAGGUCAGCCUCCAUUUCUCAAAAAGCAAACAAAAGGGAACAAAGAAACAAGAAACUCCCACUGCAACUAAAGUAGGUAUUUCUGCACUCCAUCCUGAAGGUCCCCAACAAGCACCAUGUGAGAGACAUGGUUGAAGUACCAGCUUUAGUUGCCCUUGUGGCUCCCAGUGAAGUGAAAACACCCAAUACAGACUAUUCAAAACAACUGAUUUGUUGAAGGUCUUGCUCCCAAGCAGUAAGCACCAGAUGACAAGCAAUAAGGACAAGCUGAAGAUAGCCACUUCCUGAAUUGGAACAGCAACUGUGAUGCAAGAAAACAGCUGAUCCUCCAUAACUCAAUUGAAAAGCACUUUCCCUAAGUUUCCUUAUUGUUAGUAUUUUCCAAGUUACAAUUCACAAUGGAAACAACUUGUCAGGAUUUUUUUUAUGAAGUGGCUCCUCUGCUUUCCAUUGUAAGCUAUGCAAUCUACAAAGUGUUAGUAGUACUUACACAGCAGCUAAGGAUUUCUGAACUAGCUUGAAGUUCUUCUGCCAAUUGAAGAAUCCAGUUGAUUGAAAGCGUGCUCUGAAAAGAAAGCAAAGCAGAAGUGCACAAAUGGAAGAUUACCUCCUUCCUUUGCAUUUCCAGAGGGAAAAGCAGCUUUGGGCUCAAUCUACAUCUCUUAAGUUUGAAUAGAGAUAAGAGGAUGCCUAAAAGCAGCCUGUAGUCACUGAACUGUUCCAAAACUCAGUUUCUCUAAUGGUUAAGACUAGCAGAAAGACAUGCAAUGUAUCACUUAGUUAUCUCAAGCUAACUGGAGAGAAGCAUCCUCUUUAAACCAGUGCCAUUCCUCAGGGACCAACGUAGUGCUUAAGAGUUACCAAACUACACAAACUUGAAUAGACUUCUGGUACCAUAAUGCAGUAUUUUGUAGCCUGGGGGAGGAGACGAAGCAUUAAAAAAAAUGAAAGCCAUCUCAUCAUAAGGUAACUUUUGGUUUCUAUACAAAUGGUUGAGAGAUUUGUCUAUACUGUUUGAUAUCUGUUUUGUAUAGCAAGAGUUAUGUUCAAAUCCCAUGUGUUAACCAACACAGUGACCUACUGAACUCUUUCUGAAUCAGGAUAGCUGUUUAAAGCAGCUAAAUGGAACUCAUUUCCUAUUCUACCUCUGACUUCCCCUUAGGAAGCUCUAGUAAAUAGUUGCUGAAUUCUAUCACUGAAGCAAUAGGGACCUUCAACUCAAAGUAGGUGUUUGUCACGUGGCCUUUGAAGAGUGAUCCAUAAAUAAAGCCAGCCUCAUUUCUUUCAACUACAGCAAGUUACCCUUCAAAUUCAUAGCCCAACCCACUACAUAAAGCAGUUUUAAAAGAGCAGAAAUAAAACAAAAACCCACACAAGUUUUGUAUACUUGCACAUCUAAGAGCACUUCUGAAAUAACAGAACCGUUGACAAACACAGAGCACACCAAAGCAGGAGUCGGAAGUAAUCCCUAUCGUGCUAUAGCAGGAGUGUGAUGCAACUGAAAUUACAACAUAUUUGUAGGCUUUGGAAGUCCUCGUCAUGGGACAUCUUGAAUCCUAGACACAAAGCCACUCUGUUCUGCGGAUUUAUUAGUUCACUGCAUCACAUCAGCACAUUGGAAGGUGUUAGGAGAUUUUCUGCCAAGUCACUCACAUACUUGCUACAGCCUCAUUUUCUUAGGGCACCUGCUUACAUGCCACUGUCAAAGAUCAGGUCAUAAAUAAGUGGCCCUUUCGUAUAACUCCAUAACACCAGCAUAUGUAACAGCACAGAUGUGGUUUUCAACUGCUAAUAAAGUAUGUUGUAUUUACUUCAAUAAAAGUAAGUAACAACUUGA